AUGGGAGCAACAGGAACGGGAAAAUCGCGUCUCUCUGUUGACCUUGCCACCCAUUUUCGAGGAGAAAUAAUCAACUCGGACAAAAUGCAAGUCUAUAAGGGACUUGAAAUCGUGACCAACAAGAUCACACACGCUGAUCAACAAGGUGUACGACACUAUUUGCUAGGUGAAAUUGAGCCAGAUUCAAAAUUCACGGCCGAAGAUUUCUGUCUGAAGUGCAAUAUCUACAUAGAAAAAAUUUUGAAUGCUCAAAGUGUUCCAAUUAUUGUUGGAUGGUCAAAUUCGUAUAUUCAAAAACAUGUGGAAGACCCUGUAUUCAUGUUCAAACAUAAGUAUGACGGGUUGGUGGAUGAGGUGAGGCAAAUUUUCAUUCCAGAUGCAGAUUACAGCAAAGGAAUCUGA